UUCUACGGGCGAAUCCCCGCGCCUUGCCGUGCUCUGAUUGGUGGACCCGGAGCUCCGCGCUGGGCUCCUGAAGACCUACCCGCCUGGAGCAGAGGCCGGGCCGUGAUGGCGCGGUGAACUCGACCGCUGGGCUCUGCAAGGGCAGGCAGGACGGCCUCGCCGCCACCCGGGCGCUGCAGUCCAGGGUCUGAGGCAGCUCCCGUCGGUCCUGGUUUCUCCGUACCCCUCUCCGCGGCCUCGGUUAGGCAUGUUUUCCAGGGCCCAGGUGAGGCGGGUUCUGCAGUGGGUGCCCGGAAAGCAGCGACUCGGCGUCUACAGGUUUCUGCCCUUCUUUUUUGUCCUGGGAGGAACGAUGGAGUGGAUCAUGAUUCAAGUGCGCGUGGGCCAGGAGACCUUCUAUGAUGUCUACCGUAGAAAAGCCUCAGAAAGACAGUAUCAGAGAAGGCUGGAAGAAGCAUCAGAGACUGAACUUCAGCAGUCAAUAAAAUUCUCCCAGUUGUUAGGUCGAGGCAUGGACAUGGACCGGCCCCACAGGAGGGGAAGUCAAGAGCCGAUGCAUGCAGCCACAAGUUUUUUGCAGAACAGAAUGCAGGCGUUCACCAACCAGAAGGUAGGAGAGAUCUAUCUGGCCUUGAAUUCAGAACCUAGAGACACCUAUGUCACCAGAAUCCUUGAGACCCCGGGUAGACGCCCCUGACGACGCACGCUCUCAGCAGGAAGUAGCUACAGAAAACGGACCUUCACCCCCUGACCUUGCCUGGACUCUCAAUUUUUUUUAAUAUCACCAAAAGCCUGGAAUGAUAGAUCCUCCCUUCCCCCAACUGGUGGGCAGAGUAUGAUGUAACCUGCGUCUGCGGCCGGGACAUUCCCGAGACACUGAACAACCAAUCAGCACGUGCCAAGUGCCCUGGGCCCCAACCCCUUCCCGUUCCUCCCCUCAAAAGGCGUGUUCACCUCUGCACGUGUUGCUGUUCUCCCCUUGCGAGACAGCUCAGCUGGGUCCUUCUCCUCUAAUCCUGGUUUUUUCUACCCCCUUUCGUAAUGAAUCUUGCUCAUUAGUGCAGAAUAAA